AUGACAACUCAAAGCGCACAAUUGGAGGCAGCAACUUUUAUCAUCGUAGGUGGCGGAAUUGCCGGAGUAACAUGUGCUGAAACCUUGUCAUUUCUGUGUCCCACAGAGAGUAUUGUCCUUCUGACAGAAACUUCUCUAAUCAAAGCUGUCACAAAUUUAGUACCACUAGCAAAACACAUUCUUAAAUUUGAAGUCGAAGAGAAAGAAGCAUUUAAUUCUGUAAAAGAUCAAAUCAACGUAAUUGUAGAUCAGUUAAAAUUUAUAAAUUCGGAAGAGAAAUAUAUAAUAACGAACUCUAAUCGUAAAAUUUCAUAUAAACUACUUUGCUUAUGUACCGGUGCUCGACCCAAACUUAUAGAAAAUCAAAACAAAUAUGUAAUUGGCAUACGAGACACAGACUCUAUUUUAGAUUUUCAAAAGCGAAUAAAAUCUUCAAGACGUUUAGUAUUAGUUGGUAAUGGAGGAAUUGCUUCAGAAAUUGCAUAUGAAGUGAAAAAUAUCGAAAUCCAUUGGGUAAUCAAGGACUCUCAUAUAUCGUCGACUUUUGUCGAUCCAGGAGCGGCACACUUUUUUGAAAUGAGUCGUCUCCAGGCUAGCGAAACAAGAAAAUCGAGUAUUGUUAAAAGAAUGCGGUACUCCGAGGCAGAUAAUAUCUGCUCUGAGAAAGGUCAACAAGGAGCAGCACUCGGUCCGGAUUGGCAUCAGAAGAUCGAUGUUAAUGGUACGCAGUUAGAUAUUAAGGAACCCGUGAAGAUCCACCAACAAUCCGAGGUGUUAUCUAUCAAAGAAACUCCAUCACUUGAAUAUCCUAUCCUUGUCACUUUGACUAACGGUAAAGUCAUAAGUGCUGAUUUUGUGGUUUCCGCGACAGGGGUUGAACCUCGUAGGAACUUCGAGUCUGAUGCCAACUUCAAACUUGGCGAGGAGGGAGGAAUAACAGUCAAUGAUAUGAUGGAAACUAGUAUUCCCUAUAUUUAUGCCGCUGGAGAUGUUUGUCAUGCUGGCUGGAAUCUCGCCGAUCAUUGGUUCCAAAUGCGACUUUGGACGCAAGCACGACAAAUGGGUGGUAUGGCUGGACGAAGUAUGGCCGCAAAAAUGUGCGGUGAUGAGGUCUAUCAAGAUUUUUGUUUUGAACUUUUUACCCACGUUACUUCAUUAUUUGGAUAUCAAAUUGUACUUCUCGGCAAGUAUAAUGCUCAAGGCUUGGGUACAAAUUAUGAAAUAUUACUUAGAAUGACACCUGGAAAGGAGUAUAUUAAAUUUGUUUUGCAAAACGGGAUAUUGCAAGGAGCUAUUUUGAUUGGGGACACAGGGUUGGAAGAAACAUGUGAAAAUCUUAUAUUAAAUCAAAUUGAUUUGACACCUUUCGGCGACGAUAUUUUAAAUCCAGAUAUUGAUAUAGAAGAUUAUUUUGAUUAAUUGUAUGCUGCAAUCAAUUGUGUUGUAAAAUAAAUGUAAAGGAUAUUAUAAGCCAA